ACAUGUAUUACAUCGAUGAUGGGCGAUACGGAUCUUUCUCAGAUAUUCCUGAUACAGAUUUUAGGGUGGCACCAAUCGAGAAACUGACCUCCAAACUUACUUACCCAUCCUGCAUCUGCGGUCACUUUCUUGCUGGCCUUGACAUUGUGAAGGAGGAUUGUCAAUUACCCAAGCUAUCGAUUGGUGACUGGCUGUAUUUUGACUGUUUUGGAGCAUAUACGAGCACUAUGCUGUGUAAUUUUAAUGGCUUUGGGAACGUUAAAUGCACUUAUUACUACGCUACAUCUAAAGUAUGGACAAGUAUACAGUUGAAUGCAAGCCAGGAUUUUAAUGCUUCUAUUACAUUUCUUGAAUGAUUGAAAGUUAAAUUAAAUAAAAGUACUUGCUAGUAGUAAUGUCAGCACCAACAACACCUGGUGAGGGU